AUGUCCCUUCGAUCGCUGAACACGACGGCAGCCGCUGCGGCUAGCCGAGACCGCUCGCAAUCGCUGCUCUCUCCUUCCGAUUACGAUGCCGAUGCUAUCUCCAUCCGGAGCGAACAGGACACCGACAGUGAAGAUGACGAACGCCAGCUCCGUGCGCGCAACAGCCGCGAGCUUCUAGCCCAUGACCGCCUCGUAUUAAUGGAGGAGGAAGAGCUGGAACAGAUGGUAACCGAAACGCGGCGGAAACAAGAGUUGGAGCGCACUGUCUCUAACCUGCCAAUCCCUGGUCCCCUACGAAUGCUUGCGCGUCGCAUGAGCGAUGUUUCGCCGUCACGAUCGAGAAGCUCCUCUAGCGCGCCGGGAGCGUCAACGGAUGAUCUGGUGGCCGAGAAGCGAAAUAAACGGCGACAACGGAGACAAGCCAAGAGGGACAGGUUGCUGGCCGAGGCACAGCACGGGGAGGAUGGCGAAUUGAUGUACGAGAUGGAGGAAGGGGGCAUGAAAGACGGAAGUUCCACGGGCGACAGCAGCGAUCGCGAAGACAGCGACGAUGUCGACCGAAGAGGCCUGCUGUAUUUUGCGGAUGCCAAGGCCAGACGCAAGCGUGAUUGGUGCCGAUGGAUACUCAUAUACGCCAUGAUAAUCGUCGCCUUUGCCAUCCUGUUUUUGACAGCCUGGAAACUGUCACUGAAAACGAAGCGGGGAAAUGCCAUCUCAAGUCGGCCCCUAGUGAGCAAUGGCACUGCCAUGUUUGCGCCUACUACCAUCAUCUUCAGUUUGGAUGGAUUCAGAGCUGAUUUUCUCAAUCAAGGACUAACACCAAGACUCAGUUCUUUCAUCAAAGAGGGCGUGUCGCCACUGUACAUGCUGCCCUCUUUCCCUAGCGUCACCUUUCCCAACCAUUACACGCUUGCAACAGGCCUGUAUCCCGAAGCUCAUGGAGUUGUCGGCAACACCUUCUGGGAUCCUACACUCAAAGAAGAGUUCUACUACACGGAUCCAGCGCGCAGUUUGGAUCCGAAGUGGUGGCGCGGAGAGCCCUUUUGGGUCUCAGCUCAGAAACAGGGACUCAAGACGGCCAUCCACAUGUGGCCAGGGAGCGAAGCCCAUGUUUUGGAUAUCGAGCCUACGUAUAUGGACAGGUAUAAUGGAAAGGAGAAGCUCGGAAACAAAGUCGACCGAAUCCUGGGCUUUUUGGACAUGCCAGAUGAUCAACGGCCACAAGUCAUCGCGGCCUAUGUGCCAAAUGUUGACUUUGACGGCCACAAAUAUGGCCCGAACAGCACCGAGAUUCGAUCUACAAUUGGAAAGGUGGAUCGGAUGAUGGACAAGAUCUUUAAGGGGCUCGAGGAGCGGCAUUUGACCAACAUUGUCAACGUUAUUGUGGUCUCGGAUCACGGCAUGGCAACUACUGAUAUAUCCCGGCUUGUCCAACUUGAGGACCUGGUCGACCUCAGCAAGAUCGAGCACACAGACGGCUGGCCGCUGGUGGGACUGAGACCCAAGAACCCCGAUGACCUUCAGGGUAUUUACACCGACCUGGUUGAAAGGACCAGAACUAAUCCAAACCUCGAAGUUUAUUUGCGCGAUGUCAACAUGCCGGAGAGGUAUCAUUUCUCGAACAAUGAGCGAAUCGCGCCGCUCUGGAUCGUACCCAAAGCUGGUUGGGCUUUGGUCAACAUGAAGGAGAUGAAUCUGAAGGAGGCACAGGCGCAGGGAGCCGUGUACCACCCGCGUGGUCUUCACGGUUAUGAUCACGAGCAUCCCUUGAUGAGGGCGAUAUUUAUUGCCCGCGGUCCGGCGUUCCCUCAUAAGGCGAAUAGCCGGCUGGAAGUUUUCCAAAAUAUCGAGGUUUACAACAUCCUCUGCGAUUCCGUCGGCAUCUCCCCGGCGCCCAAUAACGGAACACUUCGUCUUCCGCUGAGACCGGUAGGACUCCAUAGUGAUGAACCUGGAGCCGGGAUCGAGAGUCCGGUAGACCCUGUGACAUCCUACACAUUAACCUCAUCCGCUACCCCUACUACUACCUCAGCUAUGACCAUUACUAUCACGGUAUCUACCACUGCUUCAGCACAAUCGGCUUCCACCGAUCCUGUCACCUCUGCCGUUACCUCGGCCGUCACUCCGGCCCAAAGCCUCUUAUCCACAUCCUCCCUGAAUACGCCUAGCACCAACCACCCGAACCCGCAACCUACCGACCAACCGCCCGAAGGCGACAAUGGGACGGACGGUAACAAGCCAUCUGAUGGCAACUCCGACUCGAAAGAACAAAACUUUUGGGACUGGUUUACCGGCAAAGUGAGCAAGUGGUGGGGGAAGGUAGCAAACUCAGGCAAGAAUGACAAGUCGGACGAAAAGGCGGACGACAACAGCUCGUCGGCGCCUUGA